UUUUCAAAUUACGUACCAGUGGUAAACUCAUUUGGCGCCUUUUACCGAGAUCAGCUGUCUGUGUCAAAAUGGCGCUCCCAAAUGGAUAUGAUAAACUAACGAAGGAUUUUGAUAGCUUCUGGCUAAAAUUUUAUAAAAGCAGUUAUUUGUCGCCAGAUUUCCAGAAAUUACCUAGGUGUUGGAAUGUUAAGGAUCGAUCGCGAUCAUUGAGAUUAUCUCAUUUCGCACUUACUGUGUCUUUUAGUAGCGGAUUUAAUGAACGCAAUGAUAGUAGUUAUAGUGGUCAGGAAGCAGCUUGUGUCCGUUCAGAUGCAUCUAUUCCUCUGACAACUGGAAUAUAUUACUUCGAAAUAACGCUGCUUAACAAGGGUUCUAAUGGUUGUCUGUCUGUUGGGGUCUCAAUGAAGAAUUCUAGCCUCAAUAAAUUUCCGGGUUCUGAAAACAAUUCAUUUGGCUACCAAUCAGAUGGUUGUGUUUAUCAUGGCUCACCCACAUUAUCAACAAAGUUCGGUCCUCGCUUCAAUGAAAACGAUAUCAUUGGUUGUGGUGUUGAUUUCCUUUCACAAAGCUUGUUCUUCACUCGCAAUGGCAUCUUUUUAGGUAAAGCUUUUGAAGGAAAAGUUCCAGUUGGUGCUGGUACACGUUUGUUUCCCACUAUAGGGCUACAGGGUCGUGGAGUUCGAGUAACUACCAAUUUUGGACAACAUCCUUUUUAUUUUGCUUUUGAAAACCAUCUUAAGACGGAACGCAUAUCUCGUGAAAACAAACUGAUUGAGCGUACAUGUAAAGAAGAUUUUGCUGGAAUAAAAAUAAAAGAGCUUGUAUCUGGAUACCUCGUUCAUCAUGGUUACGUUGCAACAGCCAAAGCAUUUUCUUAUUGGUCCAACCUCGCAUCCUCUGUUCAGAAUUCAGAAUUUCAAAAAGAUCAAAUACAGAUUUUCAAUGAAAAGAUAUCGAGUCGGUCAAAUUUAGUAUCUAGUUCAUCCGAAACGAAUGUUGAUGUAAAUUCGGAUGUAACGUACAAGGAGUCUAAUCCUUCUGUACUCCAGCGCCGUCAUAGUGAUAGUUCUUGUUUAGCUCCAGAAAUUACGAAAUCUCAUUUAGGUCAACUCCCUGGCAUUGCAAGCAUGCUGCACCGAAGACGAUUGCGAGCAUUGUGCCGACGAUGCCAAUAUGGGAGAGCUGCUGCUACUCUAAAUCGCUUCUAUCCCCAAGUUCUUGAGCGUUGUCCAGAACUACUAGUUCAGCUUCGUUGUCGGCAGUUAAUUGAAAUGAUGCGUCGUCAUGCUGUCAGACGUGGUCGUAGUCAUACAUCCAACUCAGGAAGUGAUUUAAACGAUUCCAAUUCAACUACAGCUCCGCCAAAAGUUCAGAGAGUGUCUGGGUCUCUUCAUGUUGGUUCAGGGUGUUGUGUAACUAAUAAACCGGAUAAGUUAUCUCAAGAUACCUCUAGUUCUGUUCAGAUGACAGUUGAGAAUGGCCUACCGCCCUUGUCAAUGGAUGUAGAUUCAGAAAACGUACUCAAAGCGCCUUCUCUAGAAAAUGCAGUUAAAGUGGUGGGACAAAAAACCAAAGUAGAUCAGGAUUGCAAUCUGUUUACAGAACUUGAUGAUGAUUUGGAAACGGCUGAUGUUGAAGACGAAGAGGAUGACGACGGUUUUGGAGUUGAUGAUGAUACAGGUGUGUGUAUUGACAUUCUUUUGCCCCAUACCAAUUCAAAAUCCAAACUGUCUAGUAAUGGGUCAUAUGUACCUUCAGGAAUGGAUGCCGAUAAUGGAAUGUCCUCUGCGGGAUCAACAUCUAAGCCAACAGAUGUUUCUUUCAAUUUAUCUGCGAAUUCCGAAUUGGACACUGAUGAUGAAAUGCGAUGCUUGCUAAGACAUGUUCAAUUUGGUCGAUCGCUUGUAAACUUAGUUAGACAAGUUCGAGCAAAAACAGGUGGUUUAUCUUUAGAAACUGAACGUUUACUACAGCAAUCUGUUAGUUUAUUGGCCUAUCCAUCACCUACAUCAAACGAUUGUCCUCUACGUGGUUUACUAGAUCCAGUAUGGAGAGAUACUAUAGCCAGUGUUAUUAACAGCGCUGUCUUAAAGGCCCAUGAUCUCCCAGCUCAACCAGCGCUCGAACACGGUCUUCGCGCAUUGCAGCGUUGUUUCCAAGAUAAAAACUUUGUCGAAGCCCAAACUCUUGGCCACUUUCUACUCUAUCACUUGACACCCGCACAGAUAGCUAAAGCAGACGAGGAGGUCGCAGCUCUAGAAGCUUCUAUAGAGCAUCAAAGUGGAAAACGUUUAAGAUCUUCACCUUCACAAUCAAAUGGUGACCAAAUAAAUGAUCCUGACGACAAUACUUCUUCUGGCUCUCGUGGCAACGAAAUCAAUGGUCAUAAUGCAAUCAGACGUAGAGCUCGUCAUCGAAGACGACGGCGAGUUGACGGAACCGUAUCAGAAAGUCAGUCUUCUGAACACACUGAUGAGUGCAACUCUUCAGUAGAGGAAGUCAAUAAAGAAGAUGAUGAAGAGGAAGAGGAAGAUGAAGAAGGACGUUGUAAUUCUGAGGAUGACGACGAUGAUUUUGACAACGACGAUGAUGAAGAAGACGGUUCAUCAGCUGUUCCUUCUCGCCGACCUAACACACGCAGUAGCCAAACAGCAUCAGUUGGAGCACAAAACGAUAGUGGCUUUUCUGAAAGUAGGGGUUCAAAUGGUGGUUCCUCUGGUCGAAAUCAUUCUAUUUAUUCUUCAAAUACUGCUUCACUUACACCUACUGGAACUGUAGCACCAAAUAUCCUCCUUGGUCGCCAUACAGAUUUAACUCGAUACCUUCCUUCAUUUCUAUAUUCCAAUCAUGCAAGAUUGAUAACAUCCGUUUCAAGUUCUUCAGUUCCCACUCUUCAUCGUUCAAGUGCCCCUAGUCGUCGUUUUACAACAUUAACUACCUCUGCUCGUAUUGACAGUAAUCAUUCCCGUAGAUGUGAAACAGUAGACAGUCAUUUCGAUUCUGCUUUUCGCGGUCUAUUAUCAAUGUCGUAUCCUCACCGUGCAGAAUUUCUUGCAGCUAUGGAUGACGCUUUAAAAGCAUAUGCUGGAUCUCUUUUGCUCACCGAAGAUGAACAAAUCGUUGCAUCUAAUCCACAACAUGAAUAUUUACAACGCGAUCCCCCAUCACCUACUGGUGGAGGUUCCUGUACCUAACAAUUUCACCCUAAAAACUAUUCACUUUCAGGAUUGUACAUGAUAAUUCUCAGAGAAAAGAAAAAGCAAUUAUUGUUCAGUCCUCUUAUAUAUUUGAUUAUUUCCAUAACAAACAAAUAAAAAUUUAUCAAAGUCAACUCUUUAUUUUCUGUUUCAAUAUUUAAUAUUUAGUUUUGAAAUUUUCUAUUCUGUUUAUUCACAACUGUACAAAAUGUGGAUACUGUUGAACAACAACCAACCUAGUCAUCAUGCGCUAUAUACAUUAAUAUUCUGUCCUCACAAAGGAAAAUUUAAUUCAUUUUCGACCUUACUAACUUAUCGAUGUUGAAGAUUUUUGAUUUCCACCUUGCUCUCAAUGUGAUUGAUUCUAUUUUGUGUUUCUCUCCAUUGCUGUUAACACAUGUUGGUUAUAAACCACGGAAUUUUUUUCAAUUUUUCAAUCACAACCAAACGUUCACACACACGACUCACUGUAACCGUUGUUUUUGAUUCAGUUCAGUAAUUUUUAACGAUCAAUUAUUUCAUGUAACAGUAGCGGUAGUAGUAUUUCUAAGUAAAAGUUCCAUUUCUGUUAUGCAGGAUAAAUCGACUGAGGGUGAUAUGAUUACUCGUUCUAUUCCUUCUUCAGUAGAGGAAAUGUCAUUUUAGAACUGUUCUAUUAAAUGAUUCAAUUUUGCCUAACCAUCAGCUGUAACAGAGUAAAAACUAUCAUUAUCAAUUUAUCUUUGUGAAAUAGAGAAAAAUUAUUCAUAUAC